AUGCAACUUCCCUCAAGAAUGAUCGACGAUCAUUCAAAUUUCAAAUGUGAUUGGGCGGAUCUUGUUGCCUUAGGUAAAAAAGGCAAAUAUAGAUUUUAUACAGCAUGGGUAGGUCCACUUUAUCUUCGUGCGUUUCAUCUUAAUCCAAUUUAUUAUGAAACAAAAUGGAUAGAACGAGAUAGGCAAGGAGUCGAAUUAGCCAGUUCUGUUCCCAAGAAUCUAAAGCACAGCUUGUUGGAUGCGUUUCAUCGAAAAGUCGACGAAAAUUUUACCGAUGUAAUGACAGCACAUACGUAG